UUCUUUCUCAUCCUGGGUGAAUGACGCUCAGCUGAAGUGACUGCCCCACUGCCACUGCCUCUCAAUUUGGUACUCUGCAACUCUGUGGCUAACCAAGAAGUCUUAUUUUCUUUCCUCCCCCAAAAUCUUUUCGGAAAAUUUCCUACAAGAGCCGAAUUUUAAGCACAUUUACUCUAUAGGAUGCAACAGAAAGGCAGCAUGUCAGCUGAAACACCAAUCACACUGAGUAUCAAUCCUCAGGAUCUGCAGGUCCAGACAUUCACUGUAGAGAAACUACUGGAGCCUCUCAUAAUCCAGGUUACUACACUUGUAAAUUGUCCCCAGAAUCCUUCCAACAGGAAAAAAGGACGUUCAAAAAGAGCCAGAGUCCUUCUAGCUUCGGUGGAGGAAGCAACUUGGAAUUUAUUAGACAAGGGAGAGAAGAUCGCUCAGGAAGCCACAGUUUUAAAGGAAGAACUUACUGGGGCGCUUGAGGAAGUUCGCAAAGAAAGUGAAGCUCUGAAAGUAUCAGCUGAGAGAUUUGCAGAUGACCCCUGUUAUCUCCCGAAAAGGGAAGCUGUGGUUCAGGCUGCCCGUGCCUUGCUGGCUGCAGUUACCAGACUCCUUGUCCUCGCAGAUAUGAUUGAUGUCAUGUGUCUCUUGCAGCACGUGUCAGCUUUUCAAAGGACGUUUGAAUCUCUUAAAAAUGUUUCCAACAAAUCUGACCUCAAGAAAACCUACCAGAAGCUUGGGAAGGAGCUUGAAAAUCUGGACUAUUUAGCCUUCAAACGUCAGCAGGACCUAAAAUCCCCAAUACAGAGGGAUGAAAUUGCAGGUGCCCGGGCCUCACUGAAGGAGAACUCCCCCAUACUGCAUUCAAUUUGUUCAGCUUGUUUGGAACAUUCUGAUGUUGCAUCCCUUAAAGCUAGCAAGGACACCGUUUGUGGAGAAAUUCAGAAUGCCCUCAAUGUAAUUUCAAAUGCUUCACAGGGCAUCCAGAACAUGUCAGCCCCACCAGAGCCUCAGGCAGCAACACUGGGCGGUGCUCUUGAUGAGCUUGAGAGUUUAAUUGUCUUGGAUCCACUCACAGUGACUGAGGAGGAAAUAAGACCGUCCCUAGAGAAACGCCUUGAAGCCAUUAUCAGCGGGGCUGCUCUGUUGGCCGACUCUUCCUGCACAAGAGAUUUCCAUCGGGAGCGGAUUAUUGCAGAAUGUAACGCCAUUCGCCAGGCUCUCCAGGACCUGCUUUCAGAGUACAUGAACAAUACUGGAAAAAAGGAAAGGAGUAAUACCCUCAAUAUUGCAAUAGAAAACAUGUGUAAGAAGACAAGAGACCUUCGCAGACAGCUCCGUAAGGCUAUCAUAGAUCAUGUGUCAGACUCUUUUUUGGAUACAACAGUCCCACUUCUGGUUCUCAUUGAAGCUGCCAAGAAUGGCCGGGAAAAGGAAAUAAAAGAAUAUGUUGCAAUAUUCCGUGAACACACCAGCAGGCUUGUAGAGGUGGCAAAUCUUGCUUGUUCCAUGUCAACAAAUGAAGAUGGGAUUAAGAUUGUCAGAGUUGCUGCCAAUCACCUGGAAACCUUGUGUCCACAGAUUAUUAAUGCUGCACUGGCUUUGGCUGCAAGACCCAAAAGUCAAGUGGUCAAAAAAACCAUGGAAAUGUACAAGCGCACGUGGGAGAAUCAUAUCCAUGUCCUCACUGAAGCUGUAGAUGACAUUACAAGCAUUGAUGACUUCCUGGCUGUAUCUGAGAGCCAUAUCUUAGAAGAUGUCAACAAAUGUAUCAUAGCCUUGAGAGACCAGGAUGCUGAUAAUCUAGACCGAGCUGCAGGUGCUAUCAGAGGACGGGCAGCAAGAGUUGCUCACAUUGUCACAGGUGAAAUGGACAGUUACGAGCCAGGGGCUUACACAGAAGGUGUGAUGAGAAAUGUGAACUUUCUGACAAGCAGUGCAAUUCCUGAAUUUGUAACACAAGUCAAUGUUGCCUUGGAAGCCUUAAGUAAAAACUCUUUGGAUGUGUUUGAUGAUAGUCAAUUCGUGGACAUCUCAAAGAAGAUCUAUGAUACAAUUCAUGAUAUCAGAUGUUCAGUCAUGAUGAUUCGGACUCCAGAAGAACUAGAGGAUGUUUCUGACCUGGAAGAGGAUCAUGAUGUCCGCAGUCACACCAGCAUUCAGACUGAAGGGAAAACUGACCGGGCUAAGAUGACUCAAUUGCCUGAAGCAGAAAAGGAAAAGAUUGCUGAGCAAGUUGCUGACUUCAAGAAAGUGAAGAGCAAGCUGGAUGCUGAAAUUGAGAUAUGGGAUGAUACGAGCAAUGAUAUCAUUGUUCUGGCCAAGAAGAUGUGUAUGAUCAUGAUGGAGAUGACAGACUUCACAAGGGGCAAAGGACCACUGAAGCAUACAACUGAUGUGAUCUACGCAGCUAAAAUGAUAUCAGAAUCAGGAUCAAGGAUGGAUGCCCUUGCUCGGCAGAUUGCCAACCAGUGCCCGGAUCCAUCAUGCAAACAGGACUUGUUGGCCUACCUGGAACAGAUUAAGUUCUACUCUCACCAGCUGAAGAUCUGCAGUCAAGUUAAAGCUGAGAUUCAGAACCUGGGGGGAGAGCUUAUCAUGUCAGCGUUGGACAGUGUCACCUCCCUGAUCCAAGCAGCCAAAAAUUUAAUGAAUGCUGUAGUGCAAACAGUGAAAAUGUCUUACAUUGCCUCAACCAAGAUCAUCCGAAUUCAGAGUCCCACUGGGCCCCGGCACCCAGUUGUGAUGUGGAGAAUGAAGGCUCCUGCAAAAAAGCCCUUGAUUAAAAGAGAGAAACCAGAGGAAACUUAUGCAGCUGUCAGACGAGGCUCAGCAAAGAAAAAAAUCCACCCAGUGCAAGUCAUGAGUGAAUUCAGAGGAAGACAAGUCUACUGAAACCACUGUUCUACUCUAGUGUGUAUAUUACAAAGUCCUGCCUAAACACACACUCCUUCAUUUUGACACUUGAUUAGUUCUGUAAGUUCACUAACUUAGAAUUUAACCCACAGAUAAUGUAGAAGAUUGAAACCCUAACCCACAUGAGCAACAUAUAUUUGGGAUCUUGUCAUUGUCGUUUCUGUAUGGCCAACAUAUGCUUAUUGAAUGAAUGAAAUCUCCAGGUGUCAUUCAGCCUUUCUCAGCACAGAAUAUCUUAUAUUCAUUUCUCAAGUGAGUCCUGUUCAUCCAUAAUAGGUUAAGUAUACUCACCCUUUUCAAUUAAAUUCACCAUUUGAAUUAAAACAUUGACAUGAGCUCUUGACUUGGUUUUCAAUGCAAACAAAAGAUUUCAUAAAAAUACUUUCCAAUUUAAUCUCCACAUAUGUCAUUUAUCUCAUCUAACCUGGCAGAUGUGUGAUUCCUUCAACAGGGGAAAAAAAAAUCAAUCUGUAGAUAUUUGUAACGACUGUCAACUGAUUGGGCUAAUAUCCAUCAGAAACUAAACAGGUAUGAACAGCCAAGCUACUUCUGGAUUUUCAGUGUCUGUCUUGAUUAUUUAUGAAACAAUUAACAUUACAAAAGUUAUGAGUUUUCAUGUCACAAAUGUGUGUGUUUCAGAGUUCCAUUGUGUUCAACGGUUGUGCACACUGAGUUUUGGGUUUAAGAAGGUUCACCAGAAUACAUAUUAAUAUAUGGAGGAAGAGUUAUCCUCCAUUGAGGAUAUGGGCAUCUAACUAUAUCCCCAAGUAAGUUAUGAUACAAGAAGUGCAAAGAGUUGUGCAUGACUCUAAAACUUUAUUUGUAUCAGCUUGCAAGUAUAAUUAACAGGAAAAGACCAAUUUGAGAAACCUUUUGAUAUUGAGUAAAAUAUAACUCAAAAAAUAUGAGCAAAUUGUACCACUGAACUAUGAAGUAGAGUUAAAGAAGCUGAAGUGAUUUUGAUCACAUGUUUUACAAUAAAAGUCAUUCAGGUCACUUUCAACUACCAUCAUUGCUCAUUCCUAGUUGAGUUCAUAAUGGAUGUUGUAACAGUUUCAGAGACUAGUGCAAUGCUUCUCUUUCUACUCCCAUCUCUCUUUGGAGGAGUCAACUUUCAGUUUUAUUUUUUCUUCAUGCAUAGAAUUCCCAUUCCUAGGAUUUCAAACAUGCCUUUCCUAUUCUACUCUAUCAAAAUUAUACCAAAAUUAUGAGUUCACUUUGUAAUAAAUCACCAUUAAUGGAUUUUUUCAACAACCAUGUCAUCAUAGUUUGACAAGGUAAAGUUUAAACAUACACCUUAAGUUGAUGAUCGGAGGACUAGUUUGGGUAAAAGAAUGUGUGAAACACAAGGAUGCAUAAAAGUUGAGAGCAUGAUGUGUAUGCUGUUGAGCAAAUGGGAACACAUUUAAUUGUUCAUUAUAAUUUAUAAUCAUUCAUUAUAAAUUAUGAGAAAAAUGCAAACUUUUCAUUGUAUUCUAUUUUUCUUCCACAAUGCUCAGUUUCCUGGGCUAAGUAAGUGCACUUUCUAAGAGCAAAAGCUAUAAACUUCUUCCUGUGGGCAAGUAUGCAUAGUAUGCAUAGUUGAAACUGAGUAUGCACUGGCCCACAAUAAUUAUUCUGAACAGAGUCUACUCCCUGAAUGAAAAAGCAGUGCGUAAAGGAAUCAGAGAAUCCAAAUAAUUGUUUUCCAAAACUAGCUAGCUAACUGGGGCAAAACAGGGGAUUUCUUUGUUGAAAAGUUCCCAUCAUUUUCUGUUCUACGAGGACGUUACAAGAGUUACAUCUAUCACACUCUCUCAGAAGUGAGAAAAUAAUUUAUUUAAAAAUGAUCAAACUAGUAUAUCUUAGCUUCUAAGCCAUACACUCAAGAAUAAUGAGUCUCGUUUACAAAAUCUAGUAUCUGUCUGCUUCUAUACCAGCCUUCCACAGCUUUGAGUUUAGGAGGCAGCAUUGGAUGCCAAAACAAUAUAAACAACUUGAAAUUAUAUGAUUAUCAAAUAAUCUCUGUAUCUAUCUUUAAAAAAUGACUCUUUACCCAAAAUGAGAUGUGAAAAAGUCCCCCUCUUCAAAACAGAUGGUUGCCAGCUUAGCUUAAAGCAAACAACUAUAAUUAAGGAAAACGUAAUAAUAGUAAAAAAAAAAUUACCUUGGAGAAUGUCCCAGGAGUAACGCCUGUUGCAGUAAUCAAAGAUGCAAUAAGAACAAGAUAAGCAGAGCUGAGAAAGACAUCUGUCCACCUGACUCAAUUCCCGCAGUGUGCAGCGUCUCACAGUCUAAUUCAAUUCAAGCCUGCUAAUAGUAUAAUACUUAUAAGCAAAAUUAGCAGCAAAUACAUUAACAAAUCCUUGCAUUAUAAAACAUAGUUAAAUGAAUCUAAUCAGUAUGUAUGAAGAUGGUGUAUACAUUUAUAACUGAGCUCUGCUUCUGUAGGGGAAUGACUGAAAUUUCCUAAUGAUAGUGAUUGCCCAUCUAUGCACCUUUUUAAAUCACAUCACAGAGAUUUGUGCUUCUUCUAAUGAUACUUUGCUUUAUCUUGCUAAUCAAAACUCACCUUUUUCCUUUAGUGAAAUCAAUUUAUGUAGGAAAAAAUUAUUUGAGAGGGAGGAGAGGGAAUAUAUCACCUAGAAUGACAGUUCCAACCUGGUUAGCCACUAGCAUCACUGGCAAACAUUGAACUGAAAUCAGAAGGUAGCAAAGGUCUUUGAAAUCAUAAUCUACUAAAGAAUUUUUAGUUGAAAAACUGGAAGGUUUUCAUCAAAUUGGAAAGAUGAUAAAUAUAAAUCUUUCCAGUAUACUUAUCACAAGUGGAAAUUAAUAAAUUAAAAUAUUUCUUACUUUCUAAUGGACUCAAUAAAUGAGUCUGGAAAAAAUUCAAACACUUAAUUUCUAAGGAAAUUUUUAAAUUAUUCCCUUUGUAGUUGUCUUAUGACAUUAAUAAAAACUGUGAAUAUAUUAGAUGCAAUAUUCUUAAAAUUGCCUCUGCUCUUUGCAAAUCUCUUAAUUUAUCAAUGUUAACAUAUAUGUUCCCCCAUAAAAUUCCUUCUGUAUGAAGGGUAAGUACCCCCACGACUAAAACAGAAAGGUCUGCUUCAUCAGGCUGACAUUGUUGCACACUUAACAGCUUCAAAGGAGGUCAGUUUUCAAGUCACAUUAAAACAAGACAAAAUUGGGGACACACAGUUAAGUGCCCAAUUUGGGCCUCAAAUCUAAUAAUUAGUGCUCCUCAAAUUUUAAUGAGCAGCUGAAAAGACUAAUAUCUAACAGUAGAGGUAUUUCCAAUGGCUUCUUACACCUUUACUUUAAGGGUGGUCUUUGCAUCUCAUCAUCCUUGAGCUUGUAGCUUCCUAUUAACUGCUAACAGUUUGCUACUAGAAUGACAGUCAGGCAUGCUCAUCCCAGUCAAUUACUCCCAAAUAAUGUGCUUUCCUCUUAGUCCGUGCACCAAAAAUCUCUCAUCACCUUUUAGGAGUCCAUCCCAUAUAUCAAUUGAUUAAUAGCAUUCUAGCUAAAAUUAUUAGCUUAAAAUCCCAAUGGCAUUAUCCUUUUUUUUUUUUUUCCUUCCUAUUCCAAAAAACAUUCUUACCUUUUUUGAUGUCAAAUCCACACUUCUCUGCUAGGGAUUGUGGUUCCCAUGGAUACACACUUUUUAUAGUGGUAGAAUGAGUAGAAUGAGAUGGAGACUUUUCCUGGUCAUAUUUAGCCUUCUCUAGUGAACUCACUGCAGAACUGUUUCACUGUCACUGUGAUUUUCUAGGUCAGCAAAGCAAGCACCAGAAUAUGAAAUUGAAUGAAAUCCAUACUUUCUUUUGUCAGCCUGCCUUUUGUUAAGAUUGUCUGUCUAUUGCAUAUUUAGGUAGCAAAUAACCAUUUUUCUCUUUGGAAGGUCAGAAAUAUUUUUAUUUGACUUGGUCAGAAAAUUUAGGGGAAUCCAGUUAAAAGAAAAUAACUUGAAUAUUAUUUUAAUAAUUCUUUUUAAGUUGACAAAAAUGUGCAACCUGGAAAAUGUGUAUUUACAUAUAAUUUUUCAUUUAUAUAUCACAUGCCAGAAAGCAACACUUAAUCAGACAAAAACCCUAUUGCAUUUUUUUCAUAACCCCCUUCCCAUACCAUUAGAAUAUCAUUAUUAUUAGUAUUUUGCAUUGUUUUACUACCAAAUAAACAAGUCAGGCCUAAUGACAGAAAAGCCUACGCACAAAGUAGUUUAAAGUUUUCAUUUUGGUUCUUUGGGUCUAUUAGAAUAGAAAAAUGUAGAUGUUGUUAAAACCAGGUUUAAGCAACUAAAGAUGUCCUAAUCAAGGUGUUAAUACUAUCCUAGAUAUCUAAAAAUGAGAGAGAAGAAUUAAAAUUUUAAAUGUAUUUUUUGCCAUUUUAACUAAUUUACAUGAACAAGAAACAUUUUCUAUUAAAGCAAAAGAAUAAUUUCCUAUGUUCGUCAUUAUACAUGUGAAUUUUCCCCCCACCAAGAUAGAGAGGACCUAUUCUUGAACAUUGUUAAAGAAGAUAAUACUAAUUGAGAGAACCACUUCUAAAGAGAACCCAAUCUUACCUUCAGAUGGUAGAUGGUUUGGUCUGGCCUUUAUGUAGCUUGUGGGAUGAGAUAUUCAUGGCUAUAGGCUGGCUUCUAGGAUCCCAAAACUCCCACUGGUUUAUGAGAACAAAACCCAAGGACUGACCUUCAAAAUGAACAAGUUGGAGGAAAAAAAUCAGUAAGUACAGAGCAGUUAAAAGAAAGUAGGUAAAUGACAGAGGUGGAGAAGGGAAUAAGAAAGGUAGUUGCUGAAGCAGUGAACUUUUAUACCAGAGAGAGGAAGAGUUCUGUGAAGAUUUGGCAACCUCCUCCUGAGGAAGAUUUUAAGGAUAAGACGGGGCACUUGUCUUAGGCGGUUUGGAAUGAAGUCAGGUCAGGGCAGGAGGACACAUUGUGUAACUUUUGAGGAUCAUUUAGUGAUAUUGUUUGCAAGAUGAGAAGCAGAAAUCCAGACAAUUUCCUAGGCUGAUGAUGGGUGAAAUUCUUACCAGUAUCAGAGUGAAUCAAGACAUUAUAUAUUUAACAAAUAUUUGUUGAGCAAUGUUGAUGUUCCAAACACUACCCUAGGUUCUUAGGAUACAUCAGAUAACAAAACAGUGAUUCUUGCCAUGAGCUAAGUCUAUGGUAAAUGCUAAGUCUAAGGUAAACCUUACUUAAUUUUUUUAAGUAACCCUAUGUGAUAAACAUUAUCAGUUCUAUUCCUUGGAUAAAGAAAGUAAGGAUAUGGAUCUUGCUACAAAACUCAUUGGCUUUAAAAUCUGUUUGCAAUGUAGAGUCUGAACUUUUAGCCAUCACAGCCAGAUUUCCUCGAAAAUGAGAUGGGAUUUUUCAGGUGAAAAUGAGAUACACAUUUCAAAUGCUGGCUGAGUUCCUAUGUAAGAACAAAGGGAUCAAACCUUUGUGCACACACACACAUACACACAUACAUACAUACACACACCCUCCACAUCAUUGAUAGGUAUAUAAGUAAUUAACUGAAUAUUAUCACCUCUAAUAACUGAACAAAGACAAUCAGGUAUAUAAGGAAUGAAUAUCUCAUCUAUGUGAUCUGAAAUCAAAUGAAAACACCAAAUUACCUUCCAUAGAAGUGAAAUCUUCCAUGGAGAUGUAUGUUUAAAACCCAUCUUUAGCAUCAAUUGGUAACAAAUAUUUGUAGACACAAUUUCUUUCCUUCUUUACUGCUAAUAUGUAUAUAUGUGUUUAAAGUUAUGGAUCCCAUGGGAGGACUGGCCAAGGAUUACUGAAAUAAGGUAAAAUUUCCUUGAAUUCUAAACUGACUGAGCCAUAGGAAAUGUAAGUUUCCGUCUUUAUCGAGGUAACAAAAUGAAUACAAUAUGUACCUGACUGUAAGCAAAUUCAAUUCUUUGACUUUACAUGAUCCUUCUUCCUAGAGACAGCUGAAGGCUAGGCUCUCCCUCUUGCCCCUAUUGCUUGCGAUACCUCUCCUUCUCAGGCCUGGGGUAGUUGACUUCCUGGUCUUUCUUAAAGUGGAGUCAGAAAUGUUUCCUUUAAGUGUGAAUGUAUUUAUUUGGGGUCUUCACUUUUGAGUACCUGGUGCCUCAGAAUGAUGGUGCCUAUUCCCAACUGUCAUAAAAAGAAGCUCCAGAAGGAAGUUCUUUUAAAAGAGGCUCAGAUUUCUAACAACCAUCUCUAAACAUCUCUUCAAUGCAGGACAUAUAUUAUAGCAGCUAUCUAAAUGGUACUAGCAGAAUACUAAUUCUGCUCAUGUCCUCUGUUUUCAUUCCAAAU